GCCAGCGCCCUCCCAGCCCAGCAGGCCACAUCUGGCGGCUGCCCCCUCCCUUGUUUCCGCUGCAUCCAGACUUCCUCCGGCGGUGGCUGGAGGCUGCGCAUCUGGGGCUUUAAACAUACAAAGGGACUGCCGGGGCCGGCGGGAACGGGCGGCGGCGGCGCGGGGCUGGGGCGCGGGGGCCGGACCAUGCGCCGCUGAGCCGGGCGAAGCCCAGGCCACCGAGUCGAGCGGCCCCUCGGAGCGCAGCGCCGCGCGGCGGAGCAGGCGCCAGCCAGGCGGCGACGCGGCCACCCGCACCGAGCCAGCGACCCCCGGGCGACGCGCGGGGCCCGGGAGCGCGAUGACCGAGGCGCGAGGGGCCCGGGGCGCACUCGCCGGCCCGCUGCGGGCGCUCUGCGUCCUGGGCUGCCUGUUGGGCCGCGCCGCCGCCGCGCCGUCGCCCAUCAUCAAGUUCCCUGGAGAUGUGGCCCCCAAAACGGACAAAGAGCUGGCCGUGCAAUAUCUGAACACCUUCUACGGCUGCCCCAAGGAGAGCUGUAACCUGUUCGUGCUCAAGGACACACUAAAGAAGAUGCAGAAGUUCUUCGGGCUGCCCCAGACGGGUGACCUUGACCAGAGCACGAUUGAGACCAUGCGGAAGCCUCGCUGUGGCAACCCUGAUGUGGCCAACUACAACUUCUUCCCCCGCAAGCCCAAGUGGGACAAGAACCAGAUCACAUACAGGAUCAUUGGCUACACGCCUGAUCUGGACCCCGAGACAGUGGAUGACGCCUUUGCUCGUGCCUUCCAAGUCUGGAGUGAUGUAACCCCGCUAAGGUUUUCUCGUAUCCACGAUGGAGAGGCGGACAUCAUGAUCAACUUUGGCCGCUGGGAGCACGGAGAUGGAUACCCCUUUGAUGGCAAGGACGGGCUCCUGGCUCACGCCUUUGCCCCGGGCCCUGGCGUCGGGGGAGACUCCCACUUUGACGACGAUGAGCUGUGGACCCUGGGAGAAGGGCAAGUGGUCCGCGUGAAGUACGGGAACGCCGACGGGGAGUACUGCAAGUUCCCCUUCCUGUUCAACGGCAAGGAAUACACCAGCUGCACGGACACGGGCCGCAGCGACGGCUUCCUCUGGUGCUCCACCACCUACAACUUUGAAAAGGAUGGCAAAUAUGGCUUCUGCCCCCAUGAAGCCCUGUUCACCAUGGGUGGCAAUGCUGACGGACAGCCCUGCAAGUUCCCAUUCCGCUUCCAGGGAACAUCCUACGACAGCUGCACCACCGAGGGCCGUACCGACGGCUACCGCUGGUGCGGGACCACGGAAGACUACGACCGAGACAAGAAGUAUGGCUUCUGCCCCGAGACCGCCAUGUCCACUGUUGGCGGGAACUCAGAAGGUGCCCCCUGUGUCUUCCCCUUCACCUUCUUGGGCAACAAGCAUGAGAGCUGUACGAGCGCGGGCCGCAGCGAUGGGAAGAUGUGGUGUGCGACCACAGCCAACUAUGACGAUGACCGCAAGUGGGGCUUCUGCCCCGACCAAGGGUACAGCUUGUUCCUGGUUGCAGCCCAUGAGUUUGGCCAUGCAAUGGGGCUGGAGCACUCUCAGGACCCUGGGGCCCUGAUGGCACCCAUUUACACCUACACCAAGAACUUCCGCCUGUCCCACGACGACAUCAAGGGCAUUCAAGAGCUCUAUGGGGCCUCCCCUGACAUUGACACUGGCACCGGCCCCACCCCAACUCUCGGCCCCGUCACUCCUGAGAUCUGCAAACAGGACAUUGUUUUUGAUGGCAUCUCUCAGAUCCGGGGGGAGAUCUUCUUCUUCAAGGACAGGUUCAUUUGGCGAACAGUGACACCACGUAGCAAGCCCAUGGGGCCCCUGCUGGUGGCCACAUUCUGGCCUGAGCUCCCGGAAAAGAUUGAUGCUGUAUACGAGGCCCCACAGGAGGAGAAGGCUGUGUUCUUUGCAGGGAAUGAAUACUGGGUCUAUUCAGCCAGCACCCUGGAGCGAGGGUACCCCAAGCCGCUGACCAGCCUGGGGCUGCCCCCUGACGUCCAGCGGGUAGAUGCUGCGUUUAACUGGAGCAAGAACAGGAAGACCUACAUCUUUGCUGGAGACAAGUUCUGGAGGUACAAUGAAGUAAAGAAGAAGAUGGACCCUGGCUUCCCCAAGCUCAUAGCGGAUGCCUGGAACGCCAUCCCCGAUAACCUGGACGCCGUGGUCGACCUGCAGGGCGGUGGUCACAGCUACUUCUUCAAGGGCGCGUAUUACCUGAAGUUGGAGAACCAGAGUCUGAAGAGCGUGAAAUUUGGAAGCAUCAAAUCCGACUGGCUGGGCUGCUGAGCCGUCUCUGGCUCCUCCAGGCCCCGCGCGUCCACGUCUUCUGCAAAACCAGGCCCUGAGCGCCAGGGAAGGACCCGGAAGGGCCUGGCAGCCUUCAGCUCUGUAGUUAAUCAGCGUUCUCACCCCUACCUGGUAAUUUAAGAUUCUGAAGGGCGGCUCUGCCCUGUGCCCCAGGAACGGUGCUGCUUGUACCCCUGCCAGGCGCCCUCAUCCCCCUUCCAUACCCCACCAGCCCUCCAGAGCCACCCCCAAAGAGAUGCUUUGAUAUUCUCAAUGCAGCCCUGCCUUGGGCUGCCCUGGUGCUGCCACACUUCGGGCUCUUUCUCCCUCCACAACUUUCUGUGGCUUACAGCACCCUCGGAGCCAACAGAGAGAGACUGUCUCAAGAGGGCACUGGUGGCCCGACAGCCCAGCCUGGCACGGGGCAGUGGGACAGGGGCAUGGUCACGUGGCCACCCUGCACACCUGGCUUCUCACUGCCGGACGCCUUAGGACCUCUUCUACGUUAGCAGUUUGCUUUGUAUGCACUUUGUUCUUUUCUCUCGAUCGACUUGAUUGUUCCACUUUGAAUUUCUUGACAGAAGGACUUCAGGCUGUCUGAAGUCACUCCAUGAUGCAUCUCAGCCCACAUAGUGAUGGUUCUCUUGUUCACUCUGUUUAGUACGUCCCUGACCCCAUCACUUCCUCCACUGGCUGGAGGAAAACCAAGCCAUGGCUCCCGCUCAGCCCUCCCCCACCUUCCUUCAACAGUUCCCCAUGGGAAAUGUCAACAAGUAUGAAUAAAGACACCAAUGGAGUGGCA